AAUUUCAGUAGGUAUUGUUGAUAUGCAAUGAUCGGGAAAUGGAAAAACUUGGUUGACACCCUACAGACAGAUCUUAGAAGUGUUUCCUCAGAAGCAAAGAGGAGGCACCCUGCAGUGAAAGAUGCAGCUGAAAGAGCCAUCUUAAAACUCAGAAGUCUAAGUGCUGCUAAUGAUAAACAUAUAAAUGAAGUUAUUGCCAGGUCAGACGAUGUUAUUCAACCCUUUAUCCUCGGCUGUGAAACAAAGAAUCCAAAGUUGAUUCUUAUCAGUAUCACUUGUAUUCAAAAGCUGAUCUCUCAUGAUGCUGUGCCUGAUACAUCUGUAACAAUUAUCGUUAAAACUCUGAGUGACAUGCACCGACAGGAGAUAGAGCUUUUAAGGAUACUGCAGACUAUUUUGCUGCUGCUUACAUCCACAAAGUUGCUGCACGGAGAAACUCUCGCUCAGGCGAUUGCGAUCUGUUUUCAACUUCACUCGUCCUCCGAACACACAAUCGCAAACACGGCAGCUGCCACCCUGAGACAGGUCGUUGCUGUUGUAUUCGAUAGGGUCGUUCAGGAGGGGAUUAGACAGAAUGAAAGUGGUCCUCCGGAGACCGAUAAGAUGGGUGUUUGUGCUACUGAUGCUUACUUACUUUUUCAAGACAUAUGUCAGCUGACUAAUUGGGAGCCUCCCUAUUGGCUGGUCGGUGUGAAGGAGGUGCCCCGAACAUUUGGACUAGAGCUGCUGGAGAACGUACUGGUCUCCUCUCACGAUACCUUUACUGAUGUGAGUCAAAAGGAGUUCACGUUCCUGCUAAAAGAACGGGUGUGUCCCCUGAUAAUAAAGCUCUUCUCCCCCUCUAUAAAACACAGCAGAGGAGGACCCAAACCCAGCACCACUUCUGAUAGUAACCUCUUUUCUGUGUGUGUCAGGUUGCUUAGGAUCGUGCACUGUUUGCUGAAGAAUUAUCAUUCAGAACUGGUAACUGAAUGUGAAAUAUUCUUAUCGAUCAUUGUGAAGUUUCUAGAUGCUGAUAAGCCUUUUUGGCAACGAACUGUUGCUCUCGAAGUUUUACAUCAAGUAUGCAGUGAACCUGCGCUCUUAUCUGAUUUCUGUAAAAGUUACGACCUACAAGACCAGAGUUCUAAAGUGUUCCACGAAAUAAUGGGAGCAAUGGGGGGCUUCCUUCAGUCCCUGUUCACGGGGAACACUCCUGCCAGCCAAAAUGGUGUAGCGAGUCCAGUACAUCUAGGACAGCAGCCCCUGGACAAUAUUAUAUUCUCGCUGGGACACACAACCAUAAUGUUAUCAGCACUUCCCAGUAUGAGGAGCACUUUCAAACCUUUACUAUUAUCAGCACUAGAGAAGACGGAGGCCCCACCGUUCACGGAUGGGUACACACUGGGGGUCACUUAUGCAGCUAUCCUCCACAUCAUCAACAGCAUAUUUCAGAGUCAUAAUCUUGCUGAAUCUAACUCUGACGACGAGUUGAUGGCAACAGUGUCAGAGAUGACAAAUGCAAGUUGGCACGGUCUACUUGCAGCUCUGUCUCUACUGUUAGACGCAGCUCAAGAUGAAACUGCAAGAGAGCUUGUUCUUAAAAGUCACCAGGACUUCGCUAGCCUUUGUGGUUCUCUUGGAAUUAACAUUGCCCGAGAUGCGUUCAUCACUGCGCUGUGUAAAGCGUCACUUCCCCCACAUUACGACUUGUUCAUUACUGGAGUUAAGCAUGUCGAGGACGACAAGCAUCUAGUGAUGUUGUCCGCUAAGAACAUACAGUGCAUGAGGUCCCUCCUCUCCAUGGCGCACUGUCACGGCAAGAUACUGGGAACUGGUUGGAACAUGGUUCUCAGAACACUGCAACAUCUGACCUGGAUACUGGGCCUGGUUCCUACUGAUAACGGACAAUUAGUUCCAAGUCCAUCUGCUGAUGGCGCUAAUGUGGUGAAGACAGCUGCUCUCUCAGCAGAUCUCCCGAUCAUAUGUAGCAUGUUAUCUAGACUGUUCCAGAGUUCACAAUACCUCUCUGAAAAGGCCCUCAUGCACUUGAUACAAGCUCUCUGUCAGCUUUCGGCUGAAACUGAGGCGUCCACUACCAGAGAAAAGUCGCUGUUCUCAGUCGGUAAGAUCCUAGAAACAUGCCUAGUAAACCUGUCUCGAUUACACCUGCUAUGGGAGCAAGUCUCUGCUCACCUUCUCACAGUUUGCCACGAGAAAUACACUCCUCGCCGUACCUGGGGUGCUCUUUCUCUCACUAAACUCCUCCGUGCUGCUAUUGAGGCGGACCACAGUCUCCCAUUAUCUCAGAAUGCUCCGUAUGUCCCGAGAAAUGUGACUGGAUUGGAACUGACGACAUCAUUACUGGGUCCUCUGGUAGAAAUGUGCGAGAUAAGAAGUGAGGAUGUCCGACUAAAACAGCUGGAAUGUCUCCAUGACAUCCUUAACUCACGGGGCCACACUCUACCGCUCGCUGCGUGGCCUCCCGUUCUCUACAUCCUGGGAUCCGUCGUCACUGCUGGCCAUGCUUCUUCAGAAACAGUGGUACGGCAAGGUUUCCUCUCCCAACAUCUCCUCGUUAACGACUUCCUACCUCUCAUCCACCCUGCUUGUAUAGCGCAGUGUGUCGAGGUGACGGGAGGGUUCGGACAUCAGAGAGCUGAGCUCAAUAUUAGUCUCACUGCCGUGGGACUUCUGUGGCACAUCAGUGAUUUCCUGUACCAGAACCAUGACAAGAUCUCUAGCAACUCAACUGAAGAAUGCGGUGAGAUCAGGAAACAGGAGAUAAUAUCAGGGCCUAUCGUGGCACUCAGACAGACCCACCCUUCUGAAAUCUGUUUUGACACUCUGUGGAUCAGCUUAUUCCAGAGAGUAGGAGAUCUGUGUAUAGACGUGAGACCACCUGUUCGGAAGAGUGCGGGACAGACACUGUUCUCAACCCUCAGUGCUCACGGUGAUCUCCUCAAGCCCCAGACCUGGAACAUUGUCCUCUGGAAGGUGUUAUUCCCGCUGCUGGAAGAGGUGAAAUGUCUCUCCUCCACCGCUCCUGAUGAGUCUCUCGAGAGAGCAGAGUCCAGUACACCUAUCUUAGUACACCACACCCGUAACACAGCGUGUAAACAGUGGGCAGAGACUCAAGUUGGGGCCAUCUCCGGCGUUGCCAGGGUCUUUCAGACAUGGCGAAGUAUCCUGUUCAAGCUUGACAAUUUCUUCGGAGCAUGGGAGUUACUGUUGAGGCACAUAGAGAGUGGAGCUCUUCAUCCGACUAGUGAGGUCUCAACCGCUGCCCUAACUAGCUUUCACGAACUACUCAAGGAUAAUGGGACCCAGGAGGGAGCGUCAGAAUUAUGGGACGUAGCCUGGCACACGUGGCACACCAUAGGGCACCGUAUCACCCACCCCUACCUCUCCUACCCGGUAGAGGGUACUGAUGAUCUUCCUGCUCAGAACUUCCUUACCAGUCUCAUGAGGAUAUUCACUCUUAUCUACCCCAGAGUCGCCAGCAGAUUCACCCGGGAGGAUAUGAUGAACUUUUCCAAAGUAGUGAGAGGAGUUGCUGCUGUCCCGAUAGGACCAGACCUACCGUUCGUUCUAAGUGCUCAGGAUAGCAACCUGACUCCACUUCAAUCCUCUAUCCUCAUCGCUCUUGAAUGUGUGGACCAGUGCCCGGACACGGAGAUGUCCCUAGCUGCCCACGUGGUAAUGGAGUACCUGGUUCUAGGUACACUCUCCUACCUCCCUCCCCCUGUCCUCGGUACUCCUGCUCUCGAUUUACUUGGUAAAAAGUUAGCACAUCAGACGAGGAUGUCCAAAUCUGAGGAAUCUGUUUACAUAGCGCUAGGAGAACAGUGUAUUAGCAGUGCUGUAGAAAUCUACAGGACCCGCAAGACAGAGGAUAGCAUUAUCAAGACCCAUGUCAUGGAGAACAUUGUCAAGAUGCUUCGCGGGCCGCUGGGAUUAAAGUACAGCUGUCCCUCACAAUCUACAUGGUUACUCUGCCAUGCUACACUGAUAUCUGUUAUUGAGGAGGGCGUGGACACGGCUUGUGAUACAGCGUCUGAGUUUGAAGGAAUGUGGAUAGAACUUGGAAAAUGUAUCGAAGAAUUCUUGUUUGGGGAUCAUAGACCCCCAAUGAAUUUGACAUACGAAGAGAGAAUGGCACACGAACAACUGGACGUUAAGAUGAUCAGACUGAUCCAGGAACAGAUCCUCCCUCGCGCCUCCCACACUCCCCCCACCUUCAUAUCCCACGUUAUGACACUGCUUAACCGGGGCUCCGUGCAUGCUACCUCUCCUCAACCCCUCACUACAGAAUUGUACAACCCAUUGCCAGCCACGCUGAGAGCUACGGAUCCAGAUGCAAUCAACACUCUACCGUUGAGAGAACAGUUCGCUAAGUCAUGUUUUGAGACACUCUUACAGUUUUCCUUCUACAAAGCCAGUAGCUCGUCCGGAGAUGUAUCUAAACUAGCACUGGGGACUCUACUGAAACGCUGCCAGGAGGUGCUACAAAACUACGUGAAGGACGAGAAGCUGAGCGGCCGCUGUCCUCUCCCCCGCUCUAGGAUGGCGGAGAUAGCCUUUGUGAUGAGAGCCAUAUCUUCUCUUAUUGGUUCCCUGCAAGCUAGACGUGACCACAUGACCCACAUUGAUGUGGAGGUAUGGGACCACGUAGUUGGACUCUACCCUUAUCUUAUCGACUGUGUGACCUGCAAUUCUAACGAGGUGCGGGACACACUAAAAGAAGCACUGCAUAGAUUCAGAGAUCUGCUCGUCCCGCCAAAGUUAGCGGCAGACGAGACUGAGACUGAUGGGGUCGACAAUAAUGAUCUAGAACAUGUCUCUAACAAACCAGCAAAGUCAGACCCUGCUUGCUCUGAAGGAACACAGACAGUGGAGGUAAAAGCGGAAUCUCGUUCUGAUAUAGUGAAGGUAGCAUGGUCCGAUACGAACAAUGGCUCAGCUCCCUGUCUUCCCGAACAGAACAAUAUAGAAGCGCCACCGGUUCCAUCUGUUCAGGAACCUGGUCAAGCUGUUGAGGAACCAGAAGCAGCUCCAAUUAGUAUAGAACUAGCAUGCGAACCAGUUCCAGAUUAUGUAGUACAAGCAUCUGAACUUGAGGAAUCAGCUGAUGACCUUGACCCACAACCGACAGAAAAUGAACAUGAUCAACCAUUAGAACCAGAGGUAGAUUUAACAGAAGCUGAGAACAAGAAGAAAUUUGUCAUCACAGAAAACGAACUUAAAACUUUGGAUUCAGAAGUGGUGGGAAAUGAGCAGAAAACAGUCUUAGAUCCGGAAGGAUGAGACUUGUGUUUGUACAAUUAGUCCGCUGGUCGGAAUUGUUCGUGUGUUAGCGUUCUGGAAAACUCUUUAGUGAAUACUUUGUUUUGUACUGACUGAAAUUUAAGGAAUAUUGUUAAGGGGUUCUCUCUUGGUACAAGGAAUUAAUUUUGUAAUUGUAGAGUGGGCCCAAAUUAACUUCACAAAGUAAUUCUGCUUGGUUUUAUCUGUUGAAUUUUAUGGGAGAAAGGUGUUAGUUAAUUUCGGCCUACCCUCUUUCUUGAUGUUUAUGUUGAAUUAUGUAUGUUAGUUGGUAAGGUCAUACCAUUUAAACAGGAGGGAGAAGUCAAUAUAAUUCAUUAAUGUAAUUAUGUAACAUGAUGUGCAUUUUGAUUAAGUUAAAGUAUUAGAAACCGACUUAGGUUAGAAACCGACUUAGGUUAAAAGGUCAGGAAUACUCCUGCCAAUUCGCCAACAGAUGCAUGCAAACUAUUAGAAGGAAACAUUUAGAUCUUAACUUUAAAGAUUAAUAUGCUUUAAUAUUAAUAAAUAUAUAGAUAUAUAUAUAUGAUUGGGUCCGUAAUCCGUGACAUAUUGUAUGCUUUAAAUUUAAUCUUUGAGGAAUUUGAAAUGCCGAUUGUCGCUUUUAUGUUGUAGUUUAAUACUAAACGAAUUAUACACAUACUUGAUUUCGAUAAAUGUAUAAAUUUUUGGUAAAGCCCUUUCUAAAGGAGGAAGUUUACGCAAUUUCAAUUUUAGUUACAAUCCCAUUUAAUGAUUUGAAAAAAUUGAGACUGCUAAUAAUAACGAAUUUUCAGUUUCAUUCACAAAUGAAA